CAUCCUCAAGCUAGCAGCAGAAGUAGCUUUUGACCAUUCAAGAAGCUAAAGCUAGCAGUUUAAAGGCGCAAUUAUUUUCCUUUCAGCACUUAAUUUGAAACUUUCACUCAUUUGUGUUCUUGAGAGUCGAGCUUCGUAUUCAUUCCGGAGAGUAAUGGCUGCGGAUUGGUUGGGUAGUUUGGUGUCAAUUAACUGUGGGCCAACACUGGGAGUCUAUCAAGGAGAGGUGGUAUCUGUGGACCAAUCCAGCCAAACCAUCUCCUUAAGACAACCCUUUCAUAACGGGGUCAAGUGCUCUAUUCCCGAGGUGACAUUCAGUGCCAUUGACAUAAAGGAGCUUAAGAUUUUAGAUAUCAGAAAUGGCAAUGCUAGGAACAGCUCUUGUGCAUCUACAAAGGUAAGCAGUGCUCCAGUUUCAGUACCCAAGGGUGACCCCAGGUCUGUGGAGAAACUGAACUCUCCUCAGCACUGCUCUAAAAGCUAUGGAGAACGUCACCUGGAGAUUCCCGGCCAGCCAAAAGCAUUUCGUCGGAGACACAACUCCUGGUCAUCUAGUAGUCGAGGGGCAAACCAAGUGACACCGAAGAAGAAUGGGGUGAAGAAUGGUCAGAUGAAGCCCAGAGAUGAUGAGUGUUUUGGGGAUGGCAUGGAUGACGGGCUGGAUACAGACUUUGAUUUUGAAGGAAACUUGGCUCUUUUUGACAAAGCAGCAGUUUUUUCAGAAAUUGACAUAUCGGAGCGCCGUAAUGGUGCAAGAUCACGUGGGACACCUCAAGAGCAGACGCCAUCACGGUAUCGUCAUGAUGAAAACAUCCUGGAGGCCAAACCUAUUGUGUACAGACAGAUUACUGUACCGCAGCCAGGGGCCAAAGAGUACUGCACUGACUCUGGGCUUGUUGUACCCAGUAUAUCCUAUGAACUACACAAGCGUCUGUUGUCAGUCGCGGAGCGUCACGGUCUCUCACUGGAACGGAGACUUGAGAUGACUGGAGUGUGUGCCAGUCAGAUGGCACUUACGUUGUUGGGAGGACCGAACAGAUUCACUCCAAAAAAUCUACACCAGCGUCCCACAGUGGCUCUGCUUUGUGGCCCCCACGUUCAGGGAGCUCAGGGCAUCAGUUGUGGUCGUCACCUGGCCAAUCACGAAGUCGAGGUCAUCUUGUUUCUGCCCAAUUUCGUCAAGAUGCUCGACUCAGUCACCAGUGAGCUCACACUCUUUAACAAGACUGGUGGCAAACAGGUGUCAAGUAUCAAAGAUCUUCCAGACACCCCAGUAGACCUCAUCAUUAACUGCCUGGACUGCCACGAGAACACAUUCCUGAUGGAUCAGCCUUGGUACCGAGCCGCCGCAGACUGGGCUAACCAGAACCGAGCACCAGUGCUCAGCAUAGACCCUCCGGGUACUGGACAAGGGCAGGCGGUCGAGGCCAAGUGGUCCCUCUCUCUUUGCCUCCCCCUUUCCCUAGCUGAGGGGGCUGGCAGGGUUUACCUUUGUGACAUAGGUAUCCCUCGCCAGGUGUUCCAGGAAGUGGGAAUCAAGUACCAUUCUCCUUUUGGCUGCAAAUUUGUCAUUCCCUUGCACUCUGCGUAAUGUGACGAAUGAUCAACAUGACUGACUGAUUGAAUCUUUCACCCUCCAUGACCAUUCGGGUUUUGGCGCCUUACUGUAUAUUCCAGAGCUUCAGCUGUUUUUCAGUUCAUCCAUUAACUUUCUAACCCAUCAACAUGUGAACGGGACAUCCCACUGUUUGGUACAUUAGUUCCACAACGACUAAGUGCACAUGGAUAGGAUAGAAAAGAGCUUUACUGAAAAAGUAAAUGUGUUGUCCAUUAGAGGCUUCAGCAAUUAUGUAGAUACCAUUGUAUUUACGUGAUAUUACAGUGUAUUUGGAGAAUAGGUUUUUCAAAAAUACAGCUGACGUGUCAAAAAUUAUACCACAUAGUGUUCUGUUUAAAUUUGAAUAGGACAAUCUCCAACUUUAAAUGGAAAAAUUCUCAAUGUCACUGUAACCUCAUUCCAAAGCCAUCUGGUAAAUAAACAGGCAAGUGCGAUGUUAUUACAUGCAGAAAUCCAUCAUUCUGUAUAUCGGUGUUACCAUUGCUAAUGGCUUUCCUUAUAGCCUGCCAUACUCUGCGGCACUCAGUUACUGUUGUCUGAUUUUUUAAAAUGAUUUUUAUUAUUAUUUGUAAUUGAUGUGUGCUGUGUUUUCAAAAGAAGCCAGUGCUGAAUUGGGCAGCUAAUUGAGAGAAUCCAGAUAUUCGCAGUUCUGUUUGUCUGUGACGUUAAGGGCAUUGAUGAAGAUGACACAGCAUGCAAAACCUCUAGCGAUCUUGCCUCUAAGAGGGGAAAAAAAGGUUUGCUGACAAAAUUUUGGUACAAUAGAGAGCUGAAGUCAUAACGUAACAUCAGGCCAGCCUCUAGUUUCUGUAACUCAAUGCAAUUCCUCAAUGAAGCAUGUUCCUGGGGUUUCAUCCACUAUCACAGUUGGUAUAAGAAAUUUAAACCUUUGUGACAUUAGCAAAGUUGAACAUCAUUACGAGGUUAGCAAAGAAGGAAAAAAAAGAAGACAUCUCCUAUAAGAAAAACUACAAACAUGGCAGCGCAGGUAUGUGCGUCAUCAUAACUUGGUUUCGUCCAUAUCCAUAAAAUGUAGAAGCUUAUGGGAGAUGUUUUUUGUCAAAGGUUGGUAAAAACAAAUAUUGAGUUGAGUUGAGUUGAGUUGGUUUUGAAUGAGGUUUUCUUACUCCUGGAGCAGAACAUGAAAGUUCUGGUUUCAUUUCAGCUCUCUAGUGUAUCAGUUAAAGGACCAUACCAUAGUGUUUGCAAGUUUUAGCUCCUAAACUACUAACAUGCAUAAUUAACAUUUGUUCUGACCUGUUUUACACGCAGACUACAGUUUAAAAUGUUUUAAUAUGUGUUGCUCUUGGUAUCCAAUUGCUAUACAGUAUCAAAAUCAAUUGGCAAACUCUAACAACUUUGUUAUGUUGUGUAAUGUUUCACAGCGAACAUUCAAUCUGUUUAGUUCAAUAUCACAUAUUUUUUGUUUGAUAUGUAGUUUAAUCACAGACUUCAAAAGUCUGCACUGCUUUACACCAACAAAAACUAAUGCUUACUUGACAUUGUCUGUGAUAGACUCAAGUUUCAAGAGAGUAGAUUUUCAUGUUGUAUGAAAAUAAGUACAAUACAACGGAAGGCAAAAAGCAUCUAAAUUUAUAAAACACAGUAGCUGAGGGUUGGUUGUGGUGUAAAGUGUAAGUGAUUUGUAAUAGAUUGGCUAAAAAAAACAUGGGUAUGGUCCUUAUUUAGGUUUCAAACCACAUGGUUCAGAUGUUGACAGCUUUUGAUCAAAGACGUGUCGGUUAGUAGCAUUUUCUAAAGUAUAAAUGCUCUGUAUACGUGGAAUGCAUUUAGGUUGAAUUGUUUUAUUUUAAACUGAAAAUCAACAUGCAGAAUCCUGCCCUCUGAACUAAUUCGAUCAGGUCUUUGUGAUGAGAUUUUUUUUUUUGCCUCCUGAUGUUAUGGGGUAAGCCUGUUUAUGUACUCGAUCGUUGGUGGCAUUAACCAUGAAACUAAAGCAUAGACUGUGAAAUACAAGAAGAGCUGCUUGUUCUGUGCUUGUUGAGUCCUUGACAGAGGGGCUGUAGGCCUCUCUACUGCCAGAUCUGUUAGACAGUGAAAGUCAAACCCUUUGCUUGUUCUUUAACAAGAUCACGUUCAUUUAAAAUGUCUUUUUAAAUCUGUUGUGUCAUUGAGGUGAAGUCUAGAAAAUGCUGAAUUGCAGUUGCAGAGGUUACAAAUCAUCUGGGGCUGUGUUUUAUGGUGUGGUAUUGUCUCCACAUGUGAACUUAAGUCUCAGAUUUGCAUUAUAUGUGUGGAUUCUUCUCUGUGCACAUUAGCCUGCACAGGGUUCAUAUGCUGAUUGUGUGAAAAUGACAUUCACACACAAAGGUAUUGUCCUUUCUCCAACAUUCCUCCAGCCUGAUGUGUUACGUCUCAUCUGUUGAGACAAGUCUGGCUCUGACACAGCCAGCGUUACUGAAUGUGAACAGAAUAUGCGUUUUGUUUCUCUUUGGCCGCCAGGGGGGCCAUGAACCCACACUUCUGGUGGCUCUUCCUUAUUCUGCUGAAAUGGCAGCGUUAUGUACCGAACACUAUUUCCUCAAAGAAGGAGCGUUAUUUUCUCUACGAAAUGUGAAACAGCCUGAACCCCAGUGGUGAUCUGGCUUUUCUUUUGUAGGUUUAAGGGGGAGUUGUUUAAAAACAAAAAAAACAAAAAAACAACGCUGGUUGUGUUUCUUGGGAAUUAGUUUACAUGUUUCAAAUGUGGAUGUUAAGUCCAUGCGAAAUCAGUGUGCAGUUGACAUACAAUUGCAAUAAAUAAUCAGUGGGCGGUCGAGAUAACUGUUUCCUUUGGGAGCGAAGUUCACUGUCAGUGUCAAAUCAAAAUGCUGUGCAGUCCUCCUGUGUCAUGUCUGCAGAUUGAAACAAUAAAAAAAAAUAAAACUUUCA